AUGAAUUGCGACUGCUGCUCAGAAAAUAUAGCUGAAGGAAGUGCCGCAGUUAAAUGCUCGUCGUGCCUAAAACCCUACCACCAUUCCUGUCUCACGCAGCUGGGUUGUGACCCCCAACUAGCUGAAAUGCAUAACUGGGUGUGUCCAUCCUGCAAACCAAAGAAGCGAAACGCUGAUAGUACUCCGGUACGCAACAGUCAGGCAAGUGAUCCUAAUGUAACACUUAGAAAGAAAGAGCCUUCGGUAACUAUCCUCGACGAUGUAGCUCCUGUUACUUCUGGCGAAGUCUCGCGUAUUAUGAAAAACCAGAUCGACGAACUGAUGCGCCAUCUCAACCAAACUUUGGCGAACUAUGUUAACACUCAGAUGAAGGCGAUAACGGACAAAUUAGAAGGGGUAAAUUCAUCAAUUGAAUUUAUGAAUGUAAAGUUUGAGGAAAUGAAGACCGAGUUUUUCUUAAACACCAAACUCGUUAACGAACUAAAAAAGGAAAAUGAGCAACUCAAAACCACUGUUAAAGACUUAGGUAUGAGGUUAACUCAGAUGGAACAACAAGCACGUUCUACAAAUGUGGAAAUUCAAUGUCUACCGGAGCACAACAAUGAAAAUCUUGUGUCAACUGUCUUGAAUAUUAGUAAGGUGAUAUCUGGCGACAUAAAUGAGAGUAACAUUCAUCAUGUCACAAGAAUUGCAAAGCAAAGCCCAGUGAAUAACCGACCAAAGUCUAUCGUCGUUCAGUUCAGCAGCCCACGGGUCCGUGACAACUUCCUGGCGGCUUCCAUCAACUUUAAUAAAAACAAACCUUCUGAGGAGAAGCUCAACACGGCGCUUCUUGGGAUUGCCGGUAGAAAGGAAAAUGUCUAUAUAGUUGAACAUUUAUCACCGGCAAAUAAGGCGCUGCAUGCUGCGACCAGGAUUAAAGCGAAGACUUUGGGCUACAAGUAUGUGUGGGAGGACACAACAUUCGAGACUAAAUCGAACCUCACCUUCGAAGCAACUCGAUAUGAAAAUGGCCGCAAAUUCCACUGCGAGGCAGCAAACGAAGUCACUCUAGAGACAAAAGACCAACCGAUGCGUGCUACCAAGGAACUCGAAAUCUGGUAUCCCCCAAUCGUGCGAGUGGAACCGAAAAACAUAACGGUAAUAGAAGGGGCGAAGCUGCUUCUCAAAUGCGAAUACGAGAGCAAUCCUUCCUCAUUGAAGAGAGUCAUUUGGUACCGUAACGGUGAACGUGUGCCAGUUCAGAACACCAGCCAUUAUGAAGGUGGAACCACAGACCAGCACAGCCUUAUCAUAUUGGACGCCAAUGGUGGAGAUAUGGGCAACUACACCUGUGUGUUGGGUAACUCGGUGGGCAAUGGAUCCAGUCAAGAAAGUAUUGAUGUUAAUGUAUUGUUCAAACCUCAAGUGCGAUUGACGAUGAGUUCCCCGAGUCCAAUCUUGGAAACAGACCAUAAGAACGUGACCUUGACCUGUGAAGUGGUGUCAGGGAACCCUCCAAUCCUGGAUGAGGUCAUCUGGUUUCUCGAUGGAGAAGUCCUAAAGCAUCUUCCUGAAUGCAACGAUACUGAAGGAGAAGAGAACCUCUGCAAUGAAGUGGAUCCGUCGAUGCUGCUACUCCAGGAUACAACAAAGAGUUUCCACGGAAACUACUCCUGCAAGGGCAAGAACUACGCUGGUUGGGGCAACGUCAGCGCUAAAACUGAACUCGUAGUGAAUUAUCCUCCCGGACCAGCUAAGCUGACAUACUCUCCGUGGCGAGUGGUCAAGGGCAAGAGUUUGGUGCUCAGCUGCAGUAUCAAGGAGCGAGGACGACCAGAAGCUCAUAGAUUCCGUUGGACCCGUGGCGGUCGGCCAGUCAGUGACAUCGUUUCCCAGAACUGGACGAUAGAUCCCGUGACCUUGGACCAUAGGACCAACUUCUCCUGCUGGGGCAUCAACGCUGGAGGAGGGGGAGAGCCUGCUUACACUUCAAUUGAUGUACUUGCUCCACCCAGUUUCAAAUACGCGAUGAACCAUUACAGCGGUGCUUUGUACAAGUCACAAAACAUUUCCUUAUCAUGCACUGUGGAAUGUGCACCUCUAUGCAGCGUGCAAUGGCUGAAGGAUGGACACGUCAUAGACCCCGAAAAGACCGACCGAUACUACGUGGUGGAGAGGAAGAUUGAGCCACAAGUCAAUAGGAAUGAUUUUGAAGCUACCGAGUCUACAUUGCACUGGAACAUGUCAGCUUGGCCAUCACAUGCACUAGACCGAGCCGCAGAUACUGCUAGCUACACCUGCAGGUCUUCCAGAAACUUGGCAGGACCACCUGUGAACAGUACCACUAAAUUUGCUGUAGAGUAUGAACCAGAAAACAUUACUGUAACACCUGAAGUUGUACAAGUGACUGAAAAUGAAAUCCCAGCUAAAGUCGUAUGCUCUGCAAGAGGUUUCCCCAUGCCCUCCUAUGUAUGGCGUCGUGAGCAACCCAGCAAAGUGUCUGCUAAGGAGCAUGCCAACAAUUCUCUGGUCCUCUCAUCUUCAAACACAUUGCUGUUGGGACCAGUUCAAAGAAAGGAUGGAGGGAACUACACUUGUGAAGCUUACAACAGACACGGAUCUGUCAGCACUUCCGUCUUCCUUGAUGUCAUGUAUGUGCCUGAAUGUGGUAUCAAACCAAGUGAAAUUGAUGGAGUCCAAGUACUGGUCUGCACAGCACACGCCAACCCCUCAACGGUAUCAUUCUUCUGGAAGCUGAAAAAUGACAACGACAGUCUGACGGAUGAGAAAAUUUGGCAGCAAGGAGCUCAGAGCUUCUUAAGAUUGAGUACCAGCGUGGAUGUGUACAGGACCUACCUGUGCUACGCCAACAACUCCGUUGGAAUGUCUCGACCUUGUGAAAGAGAUGUUAUGGGUAAUAAGGUAUGGUGGCGUGACCAGCAAAAGAUGUUCCUCAUUGGGGGGAUCGCUCUCGCCAUUUUGGUGAUCACCGUCAUCCUCUGCAUCAUCAUUAUCUGCAUCUGCCGGCGUAUGAGGGCGAAGUCCAAAUCUACGCCAUUGGUCCGAGCAGAUUCAUGGCAUACGUUAUCCAUGCCCCCUUCAAGGUCACCACUAGUAGUGCCCAUGACGAGACCUUAUCAUUAG